AUGUCCAGCUCGGUGCACCAUGCAUUUUCGGUGAUAGAGUUGGUGGCGCUGAUACUGCUCCAACUGCCGUUGAUCGAUCUCUUCCGAGUGCAACGAGUCUGCUCUAGGUGGCGUAACAUCGUCCAGACCUUCAGAAGCAUCCAGCAAGUACUUUUUCUGCGUGGCCUUAACCGAUAUGCCCGUCCGUCUGCCGCCUAUACCAGCAUCCACAAGCUCCAGGGCUGGUUCCACAAGAGCGGCCAAAGCAGCGUCAUCUAUGCCAUCAAUCCCUUGAUAAAGCGUCAAGGCUGGUCCUGCGACCACAGGGAUGGCGAAACCGAAGUGCGAUUACACCAGCAGCACUGGUUCCUGAACCGUCGUUCCUAUGACCGUCCGAACGCCUCGUGGCGCGGUAUGUUCGUUACACAGCCUCCGACAAAGAGACUGAAGCUCUACCGAGUCUUUCGCGGUGGCAUGUUCUACGGUGUAAGAGGGAACGAGAUGCGGCAUAGCGAGGAGUUCGUAGAUGAGGGAGGGAUCACCCUGGGGUUUCUGGCGGAGAAGCUCGAGGAACUGGUCUGGAAGCCGGUGCGGGCGCAGGAGGUCGAGCGGAAGACGUUGUCUGCGCGGGAGAUUCGAGCGCGGUUGGAGGGAUAUCUGGACUUUGAGGAUUGGGCUUACAUUGGAUUUGUGGAGUGA